AUGUUUUCUGUAUCGAGAAAUGUCUUUCGUUUAGUUACACCGAACGUGUCAAGGAUUGGAACACUUUCUAGACCAUUCAGUACAAGUCCCAUAUAUUUUAAUGGCAAAAACUCCCUGUUCGGUGAUCUAGAGACCAAAACACAGGAAAAGAGUGGUUUGAUGAAUAAUGUAAAUCAAAACGGUGAUGCUGUUGAAGGUAAAGAUAACGCAUCAAAAUUGACCGAACGUCUUGAGAUGGCUAUGGAGAGGGAUGAAGAUGAAGAAGAAACACCUGAACAACAACAAGCUCGUAAGGAUGCCAUUACGUUUGAAAGUGAUGAACAUUUACAAAAGUAUAUCAAGGAACAAAGACCAUUACAGAAACCUUCCACAGAGAUAUUACUUUCUCCAUUAAAGAGACAACUUUAUGAGAUUGCUUGUAAACAAAAUGGUGGAUUUUAUAAGCCCGACACUGUAGUGGCAUUACCAUCCUCUAAAGAAUCAUAUAAAUUACAUCUUACCAAGAAAGAGAUAGAUGUAUUGGAACCAUCAUUAUAUUUAAAAUCUUAUCGUAUUAAAUCAUCAAUGAAGAAAGCUACCAUAUUUUUAAGAUUAUUAAGGGAAAUGGAUUUGAAAAAAGCCAUUACACAAUGUCAAUUUGGUGAUAAAGCCAUUGCUCAAGAAGUAUCAGAUUUAUUAUUACGUGGUUUAGAGGAUGCCAAAACCAUGAAUUUGGAUCCAAAUGAUCUUUAUAUUGCUCAGAUAUGGUGUGGUAGUGACGGUAAUUGGUGGAGACGUGUCGAUAUUAAAGGUCGUGGUAGACAUGGUAUCUUUACACAUAGAUAUAUUCAUGUUAGAUGUAUUCUUAAAUCUAAGAGUGUUACCAAACGUAGAUUACUUUAUGAAGCACAAUUAAAAGAAUCCAGGAAGAAACCAUGGGUACAAUUGGGAGAUAAACCAAUCAGAGGAUCUGCUGGGGGUGUUUACAAAUGGUAA